GAAAAUACAAUCGUCUUUUUGAAAAACAGUACGCCGGAGCAUUCGUCCUCCCCCUUGCAGCUCGUAGUAUCCUCCCGUAGCCAUAUGUAAUUAUCACCUUUCCCAAAUCCACUUAUUUCGGGGCGUUUGCGUCAACUACCCUUGUUUACCUUGUGUUAGAGUUCAGAUUAAGCAACUGUGCGUAGUUGGUUCCGACGUGACUGUCCUGGACAUCGUUUUAUGUCUGGCCUCUUCGUCUUCGGUGGAGAUAGUAACACGGUACAAUGAUCGAGCGACCAGAGACUGCGGUUCCGAGCAUUGCUAGGAACCUGGAGGGCUACGUUGGCUUUGCAAACCUCCCCAACCAGGUCUACAGGAAAUCUGUGAAAAGAGGCUUUGAGUUUACCCUCAUGGUGGUCGGCGAGUCCGGAUUGGGGAAAUCUACGCUCAUAAACUCUCUCUUCCUGACCGACCUGUACUCCAAGGACUAUCCCGGGCCAUCCCAGCGCAUCAAGAAGACCGUCCAGGUGGAACAAUCCAAAGUGCUGAUAAAGGAAGGCGGUGUCCAGCUCACACUCACUAUUGUAGACACACCAGGGUUCGGAGAUGCUGUGGACAACAGCAAUUGCUGGCAGCCGGUCAUCAACUACAUCGACAGCAAGUGUGAGGACUUCCUCAAUGCAGAGUCCAGGGUGAACCGCAGACUGAUGCCAGACAACCGGGUGCACUGCUGCCUCUACUUCAUUGCCCCCUCCGGUCACGGUCUGAAGCCACUGGACAUUGAGUUCAUGAAGAGACUCCAUGACAAGGUCAACGUCAUCCCUCUCAUCGCCAAGGCCGACACGCUGACGCCCGAGGAGUGCCAGCUGUUCAAAAAGCAGAUCAUGAAGGAGAUCCAAGAGCAUAAGAUAAAGAUCUAUGAGUUCCCGGACACAGAGGACGACGAGGACAGCAAACUCAUCCGCAGGAUUAAGGAAAAAAUGCCAUUGGCGGUGGUGGGCAGCAACGUGGUGAUCGAGGUCAAUGGCCGAAAGGUCAGAGGUCGGCAGUAUCCAUGGGGCGUGGCAGAAGUGGAGAACGGCGAACACUGCGACUUCACCGUGCUGCGAAACAUGCUCAUCAGGACACACAUGCAGGACUUGAAGGACGUCACCAACAACGUCCAUUACGAGAACUACCGCAGCAGGAAGCUAGCGGCGGUCACCUGCAACGGGGUGGACGCUUCCAAGGCCAGGGGCACGCUCACCAAGAGCCCCCUCGCUCAGAUGGAGGAGGAGCGGCGGGAACACGUCAUGAAGAUGAAGAAGAUGGAGACGGAGAUGGAGCAAGUGUUCGACAUGAAAGUCAAGGAGAAGAAGCAGAAGCUGAAGGACUCUGAGGCCGAGCUGGAGAGGCGUCACGAACAGAUGAAGAAGAACCUGGAUGCGCAGUACAAGGAGCUGGAUGAGAAGAGACGCGUGUUUGAGGAUGAGAAGGUCAACUGGGAGGCCCAACAGAGAAUCCUGGAGCAGCAGAAGCUGGAUGCCUCCAAGACAAUGGAAAAGAACAAGAAGAAGGGCAAAAUCUUUUAAGAGAUGAAGAGUUAUUCGGUUUCCCUCUAGCUAAUGUUCCCCGUUUCCCCCUAAGAACCCCCCAGCCUACACCCCCUUUAUCUCCGACCCCCAAAACACUCACGGGAACAUGUGAAAACAUAAAGUCUAAAACAUUGCUGCAGCGCAAUCUGAUAAUACAAUUUGCAUUGUCGUUUUUUUUACCUGAAGCACAUCUGGUGCAGCGGUUUGCUUCUCGUAUGCAAAACAUUUCCCCCACAUCUCAAUGUGUAUUAUUCUACCGUAUAUGGUGAGCAGUCGGCCAGCCACAUCGUCAGACUUUAUUUGGUUUUGAUUUGAUUGCAUGAUUUUGCAAUGCUGAGCUACAAUUUGACAAUGAGGAACGGUGACUUCCUCUGAGCUGUGGAGCAACACAUGGCAGGGUCCAUGCAUGGUCAUAUUUUACAUAUGCUAGUGAUGUGUCAAGUUAGAUGUUCUGUAAAUCCACAGACAGCUAUACCUAUCCCAUCCUAUGUAGUCUUCUCUCAUUGUUGUCAUAAUACACACAUGAGGCACCAUCUCCAAAUCGUUCAAAGUGCACAGGAAUAAACCACAAUGCAUGUGUACUCCAGACAUUCCUUGCAGACAUCCUGUGGUACCUGUGCACGUUAAAUACACACUGUAAGAAUAGUGUGAUUUGAGGGUUAAAUGUAUGCCACUGAGUUAAUUUGAUUCAGGUGGUGUAAAUUAAUGUGCUAACUAGCUAGAUAAAGUGUGUGUGUGUGUGUGUGUGUGUGUGUGUGUGUGUGUGUGUGUGUGUGUGUGUGUGUGUGUGUGUGUGUGUGUGUGUGUGUGUGUGUGUGUGUGUGUGUGUGUGUGUGUGUGUGUGUGUGUGUGGUGAGUGUAUAUGUUUCUACCUGUAUGCUGACUCAUUGUGUGUGUGCUUUUAAGGAAACCCUGUUUUUGAGGUUAAUAUUACGCUGUUAUUUUUACGAUAAAGAAUAUGGAGAAUUUAAUCUGUAAAACUGAGUCGUUAUAAAAUUUGUUGGUAACAUAACAAAGUGGUUUUCUUUUAUUUUAUUGACCAUUUUCCCAAAAUGUUUCCAAUAGGUAUGUGAAAGCUGCAUUGGUGUCCAAUAACUGGUUACAGUGGUUACAUCAACGUUUUAUUGUGAUUUAAGUGGUGGAUAUUGUCAAAUUCAGUCCUCUCAAAAAGCCCCCUUCCGCAUUCUGACAUGUCAGUGCAGUCAUUCAUGCUUUCAUUGACAAGUGAAUCCAAAAUCUUAAUGAAAUGUGCCACUUUCCUUGACUGCAGUAAACCUCCCUUUUUCUUCGGUGCACACAUAACUUCACUUUUCUUAUUUACGAUUUACUGUCAGCCUGAGAGCUAUUUUGAGUUAAUUUUCUAUUGAUUGGGGUAACAGUUAAAAGCAGCACACUGUAAAAUCCUGAGAAAUUUUGACAUUCCUGUUCCAAAAGGUAUACAAUAAUGAUAUUGGUGAUUAUGGUCAGUAUGAAUGGGUGAAAUCUAGCAACCGGUUUAUGUUGUUGGUAACUGUAGUCAGGACUCCAGCUAUGCAUUGGAAAAAGAUCAAACCUACAUUUAUUCACAAACAUCUUCUCUUUGUUUUGCAGUUCAGUUGUGGGCAUGUAUAGUGUUAAACUGCUGCACAUUGUUAAUAUAAGUAUUAUUAUUAUUGUGGUUAGCUGGUUGGUUUUGUUUUCUCUUUGAUUUGUCAGAAUUCAACCCUUAACUUUGUCAGGGAAGCCAAAAGACACUCAAAUGAAUACACAAAAAACAAGUAUAUGCCAAUGACCCCCUCUUACUCAAAGGGCAUCUGCUUUUUGAGGAGGAAUGCUGGGCUCAUAUAACUAAGUCAUUAGGACUACGUUUGGUUAAACCUCGGACCGUAUUCUUCUCUCCAAUGUUCUUACGCAACUUAAUUUCCAAACCACUGGUUACCAUGAACGAUUAAGAGGAUUUCUUUAAAAUAAUAAUGCAUUUUUACAAGGUUACUUUUUGUUUUAUUUUCUUUGUUUCAUUGCCUGUUCGCUAACUGUACAUGAUUAAUAUUAAAGAUGAAAGGUUAUGCUUCAACA